AUGGCUUUUGUCACAUGUGGUUGCACUGGCAAGAUUCAAAACGCCUACGUUGUGAGGCAAUUUAAGGUUGCAUCGAUCCGUUGGUGGAAUACGUUGGGGAAAACAUUAAUCCCCAACAAGACAUUGCAACUGAGGUGGGAAGAGUGUUUGACCCACUUCAAGCGGACUUUUUCUUCAGCUGAGGACAUGUUGGAUUUGGAGAAUCAACUCCUAACGUUGAAAAAGGGAAGCAUGAUAGUUGAUGAGUACACCGAUGCUUUCACUGACAAACUGGAGUUUGCACUGCGAGUGGUCCCUGACGAACUGGCCAAGAUUGAUAGGUACUCCAAGGGACUCCCAUGGGAGUAUUAUGUGCUAUUAAAGCAGGCAUCGACUUUUGAGCUGGCUAUCUGGGUUGCAAAUUCUGUGGAGAAUAUGAUUACGAAAAGGACCACCGACAGAGCUGAAGUCGAUGGGAAGAGGAAAGUUGAUGGGUCCUCAGGAAUCAAGAAGAAGAAUAAUAAUAAGAAGAAGAAGAUGUUUUUGAAGUCAAGCAGCAAGCCUGGAAGCAACCAAGAAGGGAAGUGGUGCGAUCAGUGCAAGAAAAAACACUUCGAAGACUGUGUCGUUUGCUUCAAGUGUAAGAAGCCUAGGAAUAUUUCUACAAAUUGCCUAGUGAAAGGAAAAGUUUGUUUCAGUUGUGGAGAGGAAGGGCACAUGAACGCAGAGUGCCAAAAAGCUGUGAAGCAAACUUCUAGAAUCCUGCCAUCAAAGCCUAAGGGUCGAAGCUACCAGAUGACUCUCAAUGAAGCAAAGGAAGAGACAAAUAUUGCUUCAGGUACAUUCUUAUUUAAUCAAAUUCCUGUAAAGAUAUUAUUUGAUUCUCGAGCAGAUCAUUCAUUUAUAUCGCAUGAAUUUGGUAGAAAACUUAGAUUAUCACCACUUAAGGCUAAGUACCCAUAA